UUUCCAACUUCGCUCAAAGUCACCGGACUCUCAGUUGGUGGAGGGACGCUGGGGAGACCCUGGAACAGACUGAGGGCCUGGAGGGAAACCAACCAAGGACCCACACAGCCAGGGAUGGAGCCGGCCUCAGGGGAAUCAGGGAGGGGCCAGCAGGGACAGUCUGUGCCUUGGGAGCUUCGCAUAGGCCUACUUCUAAGUGUGCUGGCUGUGACACUGGCUCAGGCCCCAUCCUUGGAUGUACCUGGCUGUUCUCGAGGAAGCUGCUACCCAGCCACUGGUGACCUGUUGGUGGGCCGUGAAGACAGACUGACUGCCUCAUCAACAUGUGGCUUGCACAGCCCCCAGCCCUACUGCAUCGUCAGUCACCUGCAGGAUGAGAAGAAGUGCUUCCUGUGUGACUCCCGGCGCCCCUUCUCUGCUCGAGACAACCCACAUAGCCAUCGAAUCCAGAAUGUAGUCACCAGCUUUGCACCACAGCGCAGGACAGCCUGGUGGCAAUCAGAGAAUGGUAUUCCUAUGGUCACCAUCCAGCUAGAUCUGGAAGCUGAAUUUCAUUUCACUCACCUCAUUAUGACCUUCAAGACAUUUCGUCCUGCCGCCAUGCUGGUGGAGCGCUCAGCAGACUUUGGCCGCACUUGGCGUGUGUAUCGAUAUUUCUCCUAUGACUGUGCAGCUGACUUCCCAGGAGUCCCACUAGCCCCCCCACGGCAUUGGGAUGAUGUAGUCUGUGAGUCCCGCUACUCAGAAAUUGAACCAUCUACUGAAGGUGAGGUCAUCUAUCGCGUGCUGGACCCUGCUAUCCCUAUCCCAGACCCCUACAGUGCACGGAUCCAAAACUUGCUGAAGAUCACCAACUUACGGGUGAACUUGACUCGGCUUCACACUCUGGGAGACAACCUGCUUGACCCACGGCGGGAGAUCCGGGAGAAGUACUAUUAUGCUCUCUAUGAACUGGUUGUACGUGGCAACUGCUUCUGCUAUGGACAUGCCUCACAGUGUGCCCCCGCCCCAGGAGCACCAGUUCAUGCUGAGGGCAUGGUACAUGGGGCCUGUAUCUGCAAACACAAUACUCGUGGCCUCAACUGUGAGCAGUGUCAAGAUUUCUAUCAUGACCUGCCCUGGCAUCCAGCUGAGGAUGGUCACAGUCAUGCUUGUCGGAAGUGUGAGUGCCAUGGACACACUCAUAGCUGCCACUUCGACAUGGCUGUAUACCUGGCAUCUGGCAAUGUAAGUGGAGGUGUGUGUGAUGGAUGUCAGCACAACACAGCUGGACGCCACUGUGAGCUCUGCCGGCCCUUCUUCUACCGUGACCCAACCAAGGACUUGCGGGAUCCAGCUGUGUGCCGCUCCUGUGACUGUGACCCUAUGGGUUCCCAAGAUGGUGGUCGCUGUGAUUCCCACGAUGAUCCUGUAUUGGGACUGGUCUCAGGCCAGUGUCGCUGCAAAGAACAUGUGGUGGGCACUCGUUGCCAGCAAUGCCGGGAUGGCUUCUUUGGACUUAGUGCCAGUGACCCUCUUGGAUGCCAGCGUUGUCAGUGUAAUUCACGGGGCACAGUUCCUGGAGCCACCUCUUGUGAUUCCAACAGUGGAACCUGUUUCUGCAAGCGUCUGGUGACUGGACAUGCCUGUGACCGCUGCCUGCCUGGCCACUGGGGUCUAAGCCAUGACCUUCUUGGCUGCCGCCCCUGUGACUGCGACGCGGGUGGUGCCCUGGAUCCUCAGUGUGAUGAGGUGACGGGUCAGUGCCGCUGCCGCCAGCAUAUGGUUGGGCGUCGCUGUGAACAAGUACAACCUGGCUACUUCCGGCCCUUUCUAGACCAUUUAAUUUGGGAGGCUGAGGAUGCCCGAGGGCAGAUGCUUGAUGUAGUGGAGCGUGUGGUGACCAACUGGGAGACUCCAUCCUGGACUGGCCCAGGCUUUGUGCGGCUGCAGGAAGGUCAGGGAGUGGAGUUUCUGGUAACCUCAAUACCAAAGGCCAUGGACUAUGAUCUGUUGCUGCGCUUGGAGCCCCAGGUCCCUAAGCAAUGGACAGAGCUGGAACUGACUGUACAGCAUCCAGGGUCUGUGUCUGCCCAUAGCCCGUGUGGGCAUGUGCUGCCCAAGGAUGGCCAAAUCCAAGGGACUCUGCAACCAAACACCAGGUUUUUGGUGUUUCCCAGACCUGUCUGCCUUGAGCCUGGCAACUCCUACAAGCUGUAUCUGAAACUGAUGCGAACAGGGGGGAGUGCCCAGCCUGAAACCUCCUACUCUGGAUCUGGACUACUCAUUGACUCGCUGGUGUUGCUGCCACGUGUCCUGGUGCUAGAGAUGUUUAGUGGGGGUGAUGCUGCUGCCCUUGAGCGCCGUGCUACCUUUGAACGCUACCGUUGCCAGGAGGAAGGUCUGAUGCCCAGCAAGACCCCUCUGUCUGAGGCCUGUGCCCCUCUCCUCAUCAGCCUGUCCUCCCUGAUCUACAAUGGUGCCUUGCCAUGUCAGUGUGACCCUCAAGGCUCAUUGAGUUCUGAGUGCAACCCUCAUGGUGGCCAGUGCAUGUGUAAACCAGGAGUGGUUGGACGCCGCUGUGAUGUCUGUGCCACUGGCUACUAUGGCUUUGGCCCUACAGGCUGUCAAGCCUGCCAGUGUAGCCCUGAUGGGGCACUCAGUUCCCUAUGUGAAGGGACAAGUGGGCAAUGCCCCUGCCGAACUGGUGCCUUUGGUCUUCGCUGUGACCACUGCCAGCGUGGCCAGUGGGGAUUCCCUAGUUGCCAGCCGUGUGUCUGCAAUGGGCAUGCAGAUGAAUGUGAUACCCACACAGGAGCUUGCCUGGGCUGCCGUGAUCACACAGGGGGCGAGCAUUGUGAAAGAUGCAUUGCUGGUUUUCAUGGGGACCCACGGCUGCCUCAUGGGGGCCAGUGCAGGCCUUGUCCCUGCCCUGAAGGCCCUGGGGGCCAGCGGCACUUUGCUCUUUCUUGCCACCGUGAUAGUUACUCCCAGCAGAUUGUGUGCCACUGCCGAGCAGGCUACACAGGGCCACGGUGUGAAGCUUGUGCCCCUGGGCACUUUGGGGAUCCAUCAAAGCCAGGUGGCAGGUGCCAACUGUGUGAGUGCAAUGGGAACAUUGACCCCACGGACCCUGAAGCAUGUGACCCCCACACGGGGCAAUGCUUGCGCUGUUUACACCACACAGAGGGACCCCACUGUGGUCACUGCAAGCCUGGCUUCCAUGGGCAGGCUACCCAACAGAGCUGUCACCGCUGUUCCUGCAAUCCUCUGGGCACAAAUCCCCAGCAAUGCCCAUCUACUGAUCAAUGCCACUGUGACCCAAGCAGUGGGCAGUGCCCAUGCCUCCCCAAUGUCCAAGGCCUUAGUUGUGACCGUUGUGCCCCCAACUUCUGGAACUUUACCAGUGGCCGUGGCUGCCAGCCUUGUGCCUGCCACCCAAGCCGGGCCCAAGGCCCCACCUGCAAUGAGUUCACAGGGCAGUGCCACUGCCCUGCUGGCUUUGGUGGGCGGACUUGUUCUGAGUGCCAGGAGCUUCACUGGGGAGACCCUGGGCUGCAGUGUCGUGCCUGUGAUUGUGAUCCUAGAGGAAUAGACACACCUCAGUGUCACCGCUCUACAGGACAUUGUAGCUGCCGCCCAGGCGUGUCUGGCGUGCGGUGUGACCAGUGUGCACGUGGUUUUUCUGGCGUUUUUCCUGCCUGCUACCCUUGCCAUGCAUGCUUUGGGGAUUGGGAUCGUGUGGUACAGGAUUUGGCUUCCCGGACACGGCGCCUGGAGCAGCAGACACAGGAGUUGCAGCAGAUGGGUGUGCUGGGUGCCUUUGAGAGCAACUUUCUGAAGAUGCAGGAGAAGCUGGGCAUAGUGCAGGCCAUUGUGGGUGCCCAAAACACUUCAGCUGCCUCCACUGCAAAGCUUGUGGAAGCCACAGAGGGGCUGCGCCACGAGAUUGGGAAGACCACUGAGCGCCUGACUCAGCUGGAGGCAGAGCUGACAGAAGUACAAGAUGAGAAUUUCAAUGCCAACCAUGCACUCAGUGGUUUGGAGCGAGAUGGACUUGCACUUAAUCUCACACUGCGGCAGCUUGACCAGCAUCUGGAUCUCCUCAAGCAUUCAAAUUUCUUAGGUGCCUAUGACAGCAUUCGCCAGGCCCACAGCCAGUCUGCAGAGGCAGAACGUCGUGCCAACUCCUCCACCUUUGCAGUACCCAGCCCUGUGAGCAACUCAGCAGAUACCCGGCGUCAGACAGAAGUGCUGACGGGUGCUCAAGAAGAAAACUUCAACCGCAGGCACCUGGCCAACCAGCAGGCACUGGGCCAGCUCUCUGCAUAUACCCGUGCUCUGAGCCUGACAGGCAUAAAUGAACUGGUGUGUGGGGCCCCAGGGGAUGCACCCUGUGCUACCAGCCCUUGUGGGGGUGCCGGCUGUCGGGAUGAGGAUGGGCAGCCCCGUUGUGGUGGCCUCAGUUGCAGUGGGGCAGCAGCUACAGCAGACCUAGCACUGGGCCGGGCUCGGCAUACACAGGCAGAGCUGCAGCGGGCACUGGUAGAAGGUGGCGGCAUCCUCAGCCGAGUAGCUGAGACUCGUCGACAGGCAGAUGAGGCACAGCAGCGGGCGCAGGCAGCCCUGGACAAGGCUAAUGCUUCUAGGGGACAAGUGGAGCAGGCCAAUCAGGAGCUUCGAGAACUUAUCCAGAGUGUGAAGGACUUCCUCAGCCAGGAGGGAGCUGAUCCUGAUAGCAUUGAGAUGGUAGCCACACGGGUGCUAGAGCUCUCCAUCCCAGCCUCACCCGACCAGAUCCAGCACCUAGCAAGUGAGAUUGCAGAACGUGUCCGGAGCUUGGCAGAUGUGGACACAAUUCUGGCUCGUACAAUGGGGGAUGUGCGUCGGACUGAGCAGCUACUGCAGGAUGCACAGCGGGCACGGAGCCGGGCUGAGGGUGAAAAACAAAAGGCAGAGACAGUACAGGCAGCACUGGAGGAGGCCCAGCGGGCACAAGGUGCUGCCCAGGGUGCCAUCCGGAGAGCAGUGGUUGACACACAGAACACAGAGCAGACCCUGCACCAGGUGCAAGAGAGGAUGGCAGGUGCAGAGCAGUCACUGAGCUCUGCAAGUGAACGGGCUCGGCAAUUGGAUGUUCUCCUGGAGGCUCUGAAACUGAAACGAGCAGGAAAUAGCCUGGCAGCUUCCACAACUGAAGAAACAGCAGACAGUGCCCAGAGCCGUGCCAGGGAGGCUGAGAAGCUGCUGCAGGGAACAGUAGGUGACCAGUACCAAACUGUGAGGGACUUGGCUGAGCGCAAGGCUGAGGGUGUGCUGGCUGCACAAGCCAGGGCAGAACAACUGCGGGAUGAGGCUCGGGACCUGUUGCAAGCUGCCCAGGACAAGCUGCAGCGGCUACAGGAACUGGAAGGCACCUAUGAAGAGAAUGAACGUGCCCUGGAUGGCAAGGCGGCCCAACUGGAUGGGCUGGAGGAGAGGAUGCGUAGUGUGCUUCAAGCCAUCAACCUGCAGGUCCAGAUCUACAACACCUGCCAGUGAACACUCCCCAGGGCCUAUCCUGUUCCCCAAGCACUGUUCCGCACGCAUGUCUGUCUACACAUUAAAGAGCUCUUGGUCUGCAACGAUUCCCAAUAAACCAGUGUGAACCUCCA